AUGUUGAGUAUGGAACCUAAUNUAAAACUCCUAUAUCAUACAAGUUUUUGAGCUUCAAACAAAGGAUCUUAUCUUCAAAUGCUUCUACUCGUAUGAUUGCGAUCCAUAUCUUAUUCUAGAGGAAUCUUAUGCAUCUAGUGUAAGAUAAAUUCGUCCUUAUUUGAAUCAACAACAACUAAGCUUCCAAACUGAUGCUGAUAAGGACAAUGGAUUUGGCCAUCAAUACCAAUUUAUUGCUUAAGAAACUCCAGAUGUUUAUUUACAUGCCAGUGAUUGGCAAGUCUUAAAAUGCAAGAGGAUUAGUGACGACACUUAUCAACUAAGAAAUCAAAAAAGUAUGAUUGCUUAUUGUCAUCUAAAUUUCUGGGAAAUUGCCUCAAUGGUCAAUAAAUCUAAUAAACCUAUCGAAAUUUAAGGAGCUUCCUUAUAAUCUGCUUUAACUACUAAUGAGGCUCAACAAAUUAAUAAAGAUAUUAAUGCUAUGAUAAAAAAGUAAACCAAGAUUUCCUUUUUCUUCUCCAAUGAAGUAGAUGUCCAACAGUACCCAGAAUACUUAGAUUUUGUUCCAUUAAUGAGUUACAUCACACUCAUUCAAAGAAGGUAAUUGUAUAAUUUGAUAUUAAGAUUGGAGAAUGAUUUUUAUAGGAGUAAGGAUUAGAUCUUAAAUGAUGUCGAAAGAAUUCGAAGCAAUGCUUAUAUAUUUAAUCCACCUAAAUCCGAAGUCUGUGAAUUAGCAGAUAAAUUAGCCAACAUCUUGCAUUCAAUAGUAAAUGGUGAUCAAAUUCAAAAACAACAAGUGAUAAUAUAAGUUAGAGAAAUAUAAACGAGAAAAAAAAAAAAAUUAUUUUGA